AUGACGGUUGAUAUGUGCGAUCAGAAAAUAUGGGAUGUGCGUGCGUCAAAUUUUGCUAAAAAUACGCAUAAUCCCAUAAGAGCCAUUGUUGAAAGUUUACAACUCGAACCAAAUCCAAAUAAACAAAUGAUUUCCCUUUCGAUAGGAAAUCCGACAAUAUUUGGAAAUUUAACGCCACCGAAAAAAAUUAUUGAUUCGGUUAAAAAAACUGUCGAUUGGGGAAAAUGUAAUGGAUACCCUCCAAGUACUGGAACUACAGCAGCACGACAGGCUGUUGCUGAUUAUUCCUCUUCUGAUAAAGUAACCGUCGAUUGGAAAGAUGUUAUUUUAUGUAGCGGAUGUUCUACGGCAUUAGAUUUAUGUAUAUCCGUAAUAGCUAAUCCGGGAGAGAACAUUCUUAUUCCAAGACCAGGUUUUUCUUUAUACCGAACAUUAGCCGAAGGAUUAGGUAUAAAAGUCAAACCUUAUAAUUUAAGGCCUGAUUAUCAAUGGGAAGUGGAUUUAAGACAUCUCGAAAGUCAAAUUGACAAUAAAACACGUGCAAUAAUCAUAAAUAAUCCUAGCAAUCCUUGUGGAUCAGUUUUCAGCAAAAGACAUUUAAGAGAAAUAUUAAAAGUUGCUUCACGUCAUUGUUUACCAAUAAUAGCCGAUGAAAUAUACGAACAUUUAGUUUUUUCCGGUGAAGAAUUUUUCCCAUUAGCUUCAUUAUCAACGGACGUACCUAUUCUUUCUUGCAGCGGAUUAACCAAAAGAUUUCUCAUACCCGGUUGGCGUGUUGGAUGGAUCGUGAUCCACGAUAGAAAUGGAGUUUUCGAAAAAGAAAUAAAACCCGGAUUAACGAAAUUAAGUCAAAGAACUUUAGGAUGCAAUACGAUCGUUCAAGGAGCAAUAACCGAAAUAUUAAAAUACACUCCACCUGAUUUUUUUAACAAUACGAUAAAAACCUUACAAAAAAAUGCGACGAUUGCUUAUAAGAAAUUAUCUGAAAUACCUGGUCUCAAACCUAUAAUGCCACAAGGAGCCAUGUACAUAAUGAUCGGUAUCGAUAUGGCUUUCUUUCCAGAUAUACAAAAUGAUUUAGAAUUUGUUGAAUUAAUGGUUACGGAAGAAUCUGUUUUUUGCCUUCCUGGAAAGUGUUUCGAUUAUCCAAACUUUGUUAGAAUAAUCAUUUCGCCACCGGAAGAUAUGAUAAGAGAAGCUUGCGAAAGGAUAGCUGAAUUUUGCGAAAGGCACUACAAACCACCAUCGAAAAGUUCAGAAAGGGAAACAUCGUUUCGAGAAGUCACCGUAUCAGAUUCACCGGGUUCAGAAAUAUUGGGCAGAAAUCUUGCUUAA